CUCGUGACGAUUCUCAACCGCUUACUGUGAUUGGAAAACAUUGGUUGGCAGGAUUGGCGCGGGUCACAACUUCAGACGAUUAAUAUCCAGCUGUUACCUUGGAGAUGUCCGCGAGCGUGGUGCGGUGAUUGCUUCGAUCGAACGGCGUGUGCGUGUGUGUGUGUGUGUGGAUAAGGAGAUCCGAUCUUCCCGUGGACAGAAAGCACACUCGUUACAGAGACCGGGCGCUCGUUCGCUCUCGAUGGUGGUUGUUCCCUGAGCGGCGGGCGUGGAAUGCUGUACGAUUAUCAGCCACAAGUCUAUCAGAAGCAGCAGCAGCAUUAUCUGCCAGCAGCAGUCAUGCCGAAGAAGGAUUCAAAGUCCGACGAAGGUGGCGGUGGCGGCGGCGGCGGCCGGAAAACCAAAAUGAGUCAGGCGGCUGCGGCCAAACUGGAACAGCAGCAGCAACAGCAACAGCAGCAGCAACAACAGCAGCAGCAGGUAAGAAGGAGAAAAGAUCGACGGGACGAUAUGAAAGGACCCGGCGGAUCGGUGAGCGGAAGGCCCGGCUCGGUGGGGCCCGGCGGCCCGAGCGGCAUGAAAGCAUCGGACGGCUGCAGUAUUAACAGUGGUGGCGUUCCCAACGCGGGCGGUGUUCUCGAGGCGCUCGGAAAAGGUGGUCCCGGAGGAGGUCCCGGCGGUGGUCCUGGCGGCGGUCCCGGCGGCCCAGGGCUCGAUGGUCAUCCGCUUGAUGGCAAGCUCAAUCCGGGGCUGGCCGGGCUGAUGGGCAACAAGCCGUCGAACAAGCUCGAGUACACGCAACAGCAAAGCCAGAUCUUCGUCUUCUCGACGGCGCUUGCCAACAAAGGCGCCGAAGCGGUGCUGAGCGGCCAGUUUAACUCGAUCAUCGCGUAUCACUGUGCACAGAUGCAGAAACGGAACCAGCUCGGGCCCUGUGGUGGCGGUGGAGGUCCUGGCGGUGGUGGUGGCGGUGGCGGCGGUGGGCCGGGCGAUGAGCUUGGCGGCGGCGGCGGCGGGAACAGUGUCGUGGGACCGGGAGCCAUGUCACCGUGGAUGGACCACGGCCAUCACGGAGGUCAUGGAUCGCCCGACCACCAUAUGCGAGGGGGCGGCAGUGGAGGGAUGAUGGGACCGGACGUGGGGAUGAAGAAAUCGGCCACCAUUCACCAUACGGCAAACUCGUGCCUCGGUGACGGCGACGGCGGCGGUGGCGGGGGUCCACCGCCUGGAAUGGCGUCGAUGUUUGGCGGCGGCGGCGGUCCAGCUGGCAUGAUUGAUCAUCACAUGCGCAUGGCCGGGGGGCCGGGAUCGGGUCCGGAUCCGUCGGUGAUGGGCAAAAAGUCGGCCACGAUACACCACAUACCGAAUGCGGGCGCCUGCAUGGACCAGGAUGGUUCUGGGUUGCCAAUGUACCCGGUGGACGGUGUCGGUGGUGGCGGCGGCCACAUGCGGAUGGGGCCGGACGGGAUGUCGAAACCGUCCACCAUCCACCACACGCCCAACUCUUCGUGCAUGGAAGGAAGUGGCGGAGCGAGUGACGGCUCCGAUCCGUCGGCCCUCGGCGGUGGCCACCCGGGCGUGAAGAUGGAAAAUCCAUCACCCGUCGGUUCGCACAUCUCCCCCAGCGGUGGUGGUGGUGGUGGCGUGCCGGGCGGUGGAGUGCCGGGUGGUGGUCCGGGUGGCGGUGGGAUGAUCGGCGGUCCGGGUGGGGGUCCAGGUCCGAUGGGAGGAGUUGGGGGCGGAAGCCACUCGAGUUCGACGAUCAUCGAUCAGAUGAAUUCGUUGGUCGCCUCGCUGCCGCUGAUGAAGGGCGGCAACGUCCUGUCGCAAUCGCGUGGCCAUCCGCAACCAUCGCUGCAGGGUGUGAAGGUGCCGGACGAGAAUCUGACGCCCCAACAGCGCCAACAUCGCGAACAGCAGCUCGCCACCCUGCGGCAGAUGCAGAAAAUGUUCUUUCCCGAGCAGCGCGGCAUGAUGGACCCGCACGGCAUGGGCAUGAGGCCCCAGUUCCGGGGCGGUAUGCCACCCGACUUCGGCGGCGGCGGGCCCCCCAACAGACCGCUUAAUCCGGCGUUCAUGAACACACCGAUGGGACCGGACGGGCCGGGACCGGGCCCCGGACCGGGACCGGGCAUGAUCAAUGAGCAGAUCCCUCCGAUGCAAUACAACAAACCGAACAUGAUGAACCCUGGCAUGUACAGUAUGGGUGGCGGUGGCGGGCCGAUGGGUGGCGGCGGAGGACCGAUGGGUGGCCCGAUGGGUCCCGGAGGCCCCAUGGGUCCCGGUGGUCCGAUGGGCGGUGGCGGCGGCGGAGGACCGAUGGGCGGAGGUGGUGGGCCCGGUCCGGGGCCGAUGAACCGCAUGUACAAAGCAGACCCCGACCCAAUCUUUCCCCCGAUGACCGAAAUGGGACCGGGCGGCGGCGGCGGAUACGGGGGAGGCGGUGGUGUGAUGAACAAUCACGGGCCGGGAAUGUUUAACCCGGGAGGGAUGCAACGGAUGGGGAUGCCACCGGGUGGCGGUGGAGGGGUGCCCGGUGGUCACAUGAUGGGACCAAAGAUGGGCCCGGAUCCGUCUUCGAUGCUCGGUGGCCAUCCUAUAGCGCAGUCCCCCCUAAUGGACGACGAUCUCGCGAAGGGUUCGAUGCAACAGCAACAACAACAACAGCAGCAGCAACAGCAGCAAAUGAUGCUUCCCGCCAAUCCGCCUCUUCCCCAGCAGCCCGGCACACCCACCGGUGGCGGUAGUGGUGGCAGCAAUGGUGGCGGGCCGAUGUCCGGCCCCAUGUCCGGCAUGAACCCUAACCUCAACCCGAACGGCGCUGGCGGCAGUGCGAACGGCACGGCCAACGGUGGGAAAACGAAAGAACCGUCCGUUUCGCCCGAGCACGGCGGAGGAGGUCAGGGACCGGGCUCGAAUCAGCAGCAGCAGCAGCAGCAACAAGGGCCCGGCAGUCAACAAGGGCCCCUGACACCUCAGACGCCACAAGGGGGCCAGCAAACGCCCGGCCAACCGCUAACCCCACAACAAACGUCAAUGGCCGGUUCGUAGGGACCGGAUGGUCCGUGAAUGCGACUGUGCGGUGUGUGCGUGUCGUGCGUGCCUGCCGCACGCUAACGCACACACCGACACACGAGCGAAACCUCCCCAGAAUCCUCCAUCCACCUCCACGCCCGUGCAACAAAUCUGCCUUAUCACUAAACCGACGAAUACGAGCGAAAAAGCAAAGCAAAAAUAAAACAAAUACGCGAAUAUACGAAACAAACUUAAAAAAAAACACACAAACGAUAAACGAGAAGCGAAGACAAAACAAUACAAAACAAACGAAAGAUGUAACGAUAGGAAGAUAGGAAGAGAGAGCUGAGAGCGUGUAAGAGAAUAGGAAAACAAAACAAAUAGAGAAAGCAAAUGCAAAUGCGAACGGAACCGCUCAGCGCCCAGAAGAACUGUGUGAAACGAUGAGUGAAACAAGCAGAACAUGAUUUCAGGUUAAUAGAUGUUGGUGCCGGUGGUGCUCUGGGACAGGAACAGCUUCGUGAAACAGCGUUUCGUUAACUUCCUUCCAUGUUAUAGUUCCGUUUUUCUUGCUCAAAGCCGCUCAACCCCCCAAACACACUGUGGCCACGAGGGGCCGUUUUUGGGUGCCUAAUUAUUAGUAGAAAAUUCACCACAAACAAAAAGUUUCGAAAGUAUCUCACAAGCUUGCCUGCUGCGAGCUGGCCAGACUUUGCCAGACCAAACGAGCACCGGGAAGCUUACUUGCUUACUUAACUCGGGACGCGGAAAGGAAGGAUAUCCGUCUUCUUCCAGCCCUCGGUUUGUGCGCCACGCGUGUUGUGUGCCCUCCUGUGAACGUUUUCAACCCCGCAACCUAAACCUUUGCCCUUGUUUUCAUCAUCGUUACGUGAACACUUUUAGCCUAAAAUAAAUUAAAACAAACAAUCAACGGGGGUGUUAAUACUAAAAAAAAGGUAAACAAAUUACGACACAACUGAAUUGGAUGCGUUGAAACAUUUGCGUGUGUUGCGAGCCCGAGAAAGCAAUUGUUUGCAGUUUUAUCCGCGUCUUUGUACUAAUGUUUCUAACACGCAAAAUUAAACAUGUAAACAACUCCCAACAAUGAGCAAUAAUAACAAUACGCUGGUACUACGGACCUGCCUCAUUCUCGUACUACAUUUCUUUUGCCAUUCGAAGAUGCACAGCACAGCCAUUUGCAGUUGCCUGAAAGAACUCGAACUGAAUCGAACGGAAGGUUGUGUUUUUGAGUGCGCCAAGGUUUUGUUGUAAAAUUACUCCUAAAAGUUAGCCGUUUUAGUUUGUUCGAUCCAAUUUGUUAUUCAUCCGGUCCUUUCGUUAGUCUGUUUAGUUUGGCCACGUUUCCGUAGAGAACGUCAAAAGUGGAAGCAAAACUAGAAGCCCUCAUAGACGCGCCGAGAAAAGGGGCUCGGCGAGGUAGAC